GUUUAUCCAAUGAGCUUGCAGUUCUUUUCAAGAUGGCGAGCACUGGUGAGCCUUUGACGUUGGAGCAAGAUGUUGCAAGAGCCAUUGAAUUAUUGGAAAAUUUGCAAAGAAGUGGAGAGUUCAACAAUGCUAAGUUAAUGGCCCUGCAGAAAGUGCUCCAGAGUGAAUUCUGCCAGGCAGUGAGGGAGGUAUACGAGCAUGUCUACGAAACCGUGGAUAUCCAGGGAAGUCCAGAAAUAAGAGCGAAUGCAACUGCAAAGGCCACUGUAGCUGCUUUUGCUGCCAGUGAAGGGCAUGCACAUCCCAGAGUGGUAGAACUGCCCAAGACAGAGGAGGGUCUUGGUUUCAAUGUGAUGGGAGGAAAGGAACAGAACUCUCCCAUCUAUAUCUCACGCAUCAUUCCUGGGGGUGUGGCAGACAGACAUGCUGGACUGAAGAGAGGGGAUCAGUUGUUGUCUGUGAAUGGUGUGAGUGUUGAAGGAGAGAAUCAUGAAAAAGCUGUGGAUCUUUUGAAGGCUGCACAAGGCACUGUAAAACUGGUGGUUAGAUAUACUCCAAAAGUUUUGGAGGAAAUGGAAGCAAGGUUUGAAAGACAAAGAGCAGGAAGAAGAAGGGCACCAUAGUUGUUUUUAAAAGUCUUGACAGAAAGGACAGAAAAAUAUCUGCAGAACUGUGCAGUUUCCUGGUACUAGGAAGCAAUAUUAAGUUUCUGAAUGUGUUAGAUGUGAUCUUGAAAUGCUUCAGAUGUGAACACAUGUGUAGAACUUCUCUGAUCAUAGAUUGUGCUUGUUUCCACUUUAAUGGAUUCUGAAAUUUAAUCAUGGACAUGGCAUUUUUUUGUACAAAGAAGGAAUUUUUUCCAACCAUGCAUUUGAAAAUAAUGGUUAUGUGUCAAGCACAGAUUCUGAACAGACCCUGUGUAGUUUUACAGAGAAGAACAGCAAAUAAUAAAAAUAGUUAAGUGUUCAAUGUGUCUAUACAUGGAUGUAUGCAGUUUCCCCUCAUGUACAUAGUGCCUGUAGAGAAUUCAUAGUGAAAUAGAUUUGAGUCAGGUUAUCUGCAUAUGAAUAAAAGAUGUCACAUAAUUGAA